GCUCUUCUGUUUAGUCAUGACAAAGUAGCUUGUGAAGAUUAUGAACCAAGAAUUGACCCAGUGCCAAACGGAGCUGGAGACGAGGGAACUAUAGUCAAGAUUGUCAGACUGAUCAAAAACAACGAGCCCUUGGGAGCUACCAUCUACCUCAACGAGCGUACAGGAUGUGUGGAGAUUGCCAGGGUACUUCACGGAGGGGCAGCACACAGGAGUGGUUUGCUGAGUGCUGGAGAUGAAAUUCAUGAAAUUAAUGGAGAGCCUGUGAAAGGUUUGGACCCAGACAGGAUUGUGGAAAUGUUGUCGGAAGUGUCCGGUUCUGUUACCCUGAAACUAGUGCCUUGUAUGAAAACUAACCUGGGCCGCAGAACUCGGAUGAAAGUGCGUUGUUUGUUUUCAUUUGACCCAGAAACAGAUGAGCACAUACCCUGCAGGGAGGCGGGACUUGCUUUCAAAAUGGGUGAUAUCCUGGAGAUUGUCAGUGAUGAUGAUCCUACAUGGUGGCAGGCUCGUCAUAUCAGUGAUGUUGCAGAAACUGCUCCAGGUAGCGCCGGCACUCCCAUUAGUGCAAAGAUCAUCCCUAGCAAGCAUUACCAGGAGAGUCUGGAGGUCAUGAGAAGGGUGCGACUCAGGGAAGCCAGGAAUCCACCCAGAUCUAUCAGCCCCUGCAGAUACAGCCCCAAGAUUCCCAAGCAGAAACGACUGAGGAAGACCAUGUAUCAUAUUGUCCAGAGUGGGGUUUUUUCAGACUUUGACACAGAUGAAAUACCUACUUAUGAAGAGGUUGAACUUUACCGUCCAAAGCAGCCAUUAAGAGUAUUCCGCCCCCUUAUCUUUAUUGGUCCACCAGGAGUCGGACGAAAUGAAUUAAAGCGACGCCUGAAAGCCAGCAACCCAAACCAUUUUGUGGAGGUAGUUCCUUAUACGAGUCGGGAGAGGCGACCCCAUGAAGAGGAUGGCAAGGAAUAUCAUUUCUUGAGCAGAGAGGAAAUGGAAAAUCAAAUUAUUGCUCAAAAGUUUGUAGAAUAUGGCGAGUACAAGGGAAACCUCUACGGCACCAGUCUGGACUCCAUUAAAUCUGUGAUACAACAGGGCAAGGUGUGUCUGCUAGCCCCCCACACUCAGGCAUUGAAGUACAUUCGCACAGCAGAACUUAGGCCUUAUAUCAUCUUCAUCAAAGCACCAUGUUUAGAGAGAAUGAAGUACACCCGCCUGGAGAAACACGCCAGGGCAACAUCAUCGGGAGCUACACCACCACUUUCACCUGAAGAAAUGAAAGACAUUGUAGAAAUGUCUGCCAAAAUGGAGGAGCGCUAUGGUCACUUUUUUGAUGCCACAAUUGUCAACGAUGAUCUGCACACAGCAGUCACAGAACUACUGACGAUUGCUGCUAAAGUGGAGAAGGACGAUCAAUGGGUCCCUGUUGGCUGGGCUUACUAG